AUGCUGGUGAAAUGUCCAUUUAAGGUGAUAAUAGAAGAAAAGGAGUGGUUCCAUUACUACAAGCCAGGAGACUACUGGAUUACUGGAAUAAUGUCCGGAAUCUUAGCUCGAUUGUACCAAUUUUCAUUCUCCAAGCCUCCAAUCCACCAACUAAAAAGAGAGAACACCUUCUACCACAUUCUGCCCUUCAUGUUGGCUGUUCAUGAAGUCAACCAGAAUUCAAGGCUCUUAUCCAACAUCACCCUAGGCUACAACAUCUAUGAGAACUUUUUCAGUGCCAGAAUGACAUAUGAGGCCAUGCUGGAUGUGCUGUCUACAGGACAGGAGAACAUCCCAAACUACAGAUGUGGAAGACAAAAGAACCUGCUGGCGAUUCUUGAAGAGAUGGAUUCUGAACUCUUUGAUCAUAUUUCCAAUAUCUUGAGCAUCUAUAAAAUUCCACAGCUGCAGGAACAGAUUCAUGCUAACUAUUUUGUUUUCUCAGAUGCAGCUCAUUGUGAAAAGUGUCCAGAUGACCAGUAUUCCAAUAAGAAGCGAGAUCCGUGUGUCCCCAAAAAUAUAAGCUUCUUAUCCUAUGAUGAAUUGUUGGGACUCAUCCUGGCUUUCUUUGCCAUCGCUUUGUCCCUAACCACCGCCUUUAUUCUGGGAAUCUUCAUAAAAUACCGAGACACUCCCAUAGUCAAAGCCAACAACUGUGAACUCACCUACAUCCUCCUGGUUUCACUCCUGCUUUCUUUCUUGACCUCCCUUCUAUUCAUCGGUCGCCCCGUGAAAAUGACCUGUCUCCUUCGACAAACCAUUUUCAGUGUUGUUUUCUCUGUUGCUGUGUCUUCCUUGCUGGCCAAGACUGUCAUGGUGGUGGUGGCCUUUCUGGCCACAAAGCCAGGCAGCAGCCUGAGGAAAUGGCUGGGGAAGAGUCUGGCCAACUCUAUUGUUGUAUCCUGCUCUGGUAUUCAAGUAGGCAUCUGUCUGAUAUGGCUGGGAGUCUUUCCCCCAUUCCCAGAUUCUGACUUUCAUUCCCAACCAGAAGACAUCCUGCUGCAGUGCAAUGAAGGCUCUGUUGCCAUGUUCUACUUUGCUCUUGGCUACAUGGGUUUUUUGGCUGCCAUCUGUUUCUUGGUGGCAUUUCUGGCUCGAAAUCUGCCAGGGGCCUUCAAUGAAGCCAAACUGAUCACCUUCAGCAUGUUGGUGUUUUGUAGCGUUUGGAUCUCCUUUGUCCCCACUUACCUGAGCACCAAAGGGAAAUACAUGGUAGCCGUGCAGAUCUUCUCCAUCCUGGCCUCCGGGCUGGGUUUACUGGGUUGCAUCUUUAUCCCCAAAUGCUACAUUAUUAUCCUGAGACCUUCCAUGAACACCAAAGAACAUCUGAUGAUAAAAAAUCAUUAA